AUGGAAAAUUAUUUCAAAGGAAAGAAUGUAGAAGAACAAAUGGAGAGGGACAAAAUACCAAUAAACAGCCUUCCUGUUGAUUUCCUAUGGAUGCAGGUAAAGGGAGGCAGUAAAAUGACAAAUUUACUAUCACAUGCAUCAGGAAUAUUGGAGGAUAAAGCAACUUCCACUGUAGUUUGGAGUGGCGCUGGGGUAGCCAUUUCUAAAGUGAUAUCAUGUGCGGAAAUCUUAAAACGAAAAUUUUCGUUGAAAUAUCAAGUAACAAAGCUGACAUUUAAGAGUGUAGAGGAAUAUUGGGAGCCCAAACUUGAUGGUUUAGAAACAAUUGUUGUGAAGAGGCAGAUUCCUGUAAUCCAUAUUUUACUGUCAUCACAAGAAAUAGAAGACACCCAACAACUAGGAUACCAGACAUUAGAUGGAAACACAUUUUGGGAAACAAACAAGUCUUUUAUCAAGCAGAAUCACGCACAAAAAACUAAGAAACCGUUUAAACAUAAGACAAAUAUUAGUAAAACAAAAAUUACAGAGAAUUAA